UGCAGGUCGACCGGUCCAAAGUGAUAUUACACCAUAUGUUUACGAUUGUCGUGUGACUGUACGGCGGAUAUUUCAGACGGUAUAAUAGUGAUAGUGAAUUGUGAGUUGUUUUACAAGACUGUUGUGACGCAAUUCAAAAGAAAACUUCGGAAUGAUGUCAAACACAAGCAUUUAUGACAUGUUGUGGGAUGAUAGUAUUUGGUUCCCCGUUCGAUUUCAUCACGAGGAUGGAUCUGUUGACACCGCAUUGGGCUGGUCACAAUUGGUGAACAAACCCGGAACCAACACAUAUUAUCCAAAAGUCCACGACCUCCACUUUGGAAUUCUGGUCGGCGUCGUCUUGGUAAUAAUAAGAUACGUUGUAGAAACGCUGCUGAUAUUACCCCUGGGAUACAAGUUAGGGAUAAAGAAAAAGAAGUUAGUAUACGUGGAUGCUAUACCUUCCCUUGAAGCAGUUUACAAGACGAAGAAAAAGCCAGAUGACAAACAGUGUAUGGGCUUGUCAAAACAGCUGGACAUGCCUCUUAGACAAGUGCAAGUUUGGUUCAGAAACAAAAGGAACAAUGACCUGACACCACCAAUUAAGAAGUUUUGUGAUAAUGCAUGGUCAUUCUUAUUUUACACGUGUUCAUUUAUUUAUGGGGCGACAAUUCUUUGGAAUAAGUCAUGGAUAUGGAGAACAAAAGACUGCUGGACCAACUGGCCAAAACAGCACGUGACGAGUGACCUAUACUGGUACUACACCGUGGAGCUGGGUUUCUACUGCAGUCUGCUCUUUACAAUAUUCACAGAUCAUAAGCGAAAGGGCUUGUCAAAGCAGCUAGACAUGCCUCUUAGACAGGUGCAAGUUUGGUUCAGAAACAAAAGGAACAAUGAUCUGACACCACCAAUUAAGAAGUUUUGUGAUAAUGCGAAAGCUCCGGUAACCCAACAUGAGGCAUGUGGUAAUAAGGAGGCCGGUUCCAACGCUGUUAGUGUAAAUGUCGCAGACAAGUACAAACUUUCAUUGUUCGAGAGACCAUUACCACUAAUCGUCAAAACCGAUGCUGGAGAAGGAAACACACUGUCUUACAACCAUGAUACCUUUGAGCGUACCCUAAGCCAAAUUGAGGAGCCAUUAUGUGUCAUAGCUGUCGCUGGAUGCCUGAGGACUGGAAAAUCGUACCUACUAAGUCGCCUUGUACAGAAGUGUGGUGUUUCAGGAGAAUGUUUCAAUGUUGGACAUUCAGUUAAUGCACACACACAAGGCAUAUGGAUAAUGUGCAGACCUCAUCCGACUCAAGAAGGGAAAGUUAUUGUUUUUCUCGAUACGGAGGGCAGAUGAUCCAGAAAAGGUUGAUAUUCAGGAAGACACUUGGAUAUUCCUCAUUGCAACGUUGCUUUGCAAUGUACUUGUCUACAAUACAAAAGGCGUAUUUGAUGCAUCACACAUCAGCAAGUUCCGGUUUCUUAAAGUGGUUCAUUCUAAUAUGACGGUUGCAAAAGGUGCAAGUGAAGACGACAGUUUCCUUGACUUCUUUUUACCGAAUUUGGUUCUUGUUUUACGAGAUUUUGGACUCGAAUCCGAUAUAUCGAAAGAGGUAUUCCUUGAAAAGCAAUUAAUGUACAAGAAGGGGAAAUCGGAUAUUGUUAAUGAAUUUAACGAACCGAGGCGUCUUAUUCGAAGAUAUUUCAAGAGAAGGACAUGCUUUGACAUCCCCAUCCCAUGCACGAGGCCCGACCAAUUGGAAUCUAUGCCAGAUUCAAAGAUAGAGUCCGAAUUUCUGCAGCAGAUAAACGACUUGCACCAAUACCUUUGCAAAUGUAGCCCAAAGAAACUCAUAUCAGGAAAGCCUGUAAAUGGAAGAAGUAAGUCUGAAGUAAAUUUCCGAUCAAAUCUGUAUUCCUAUCUUUGAAGGCAACACUGUCCCUCUAAGUUUAAUCCUCAGUUGAAUUGAAUGAUCAAGUUAUAAUCGUUAGGGCGAGUUUUUUAUGUUAAGGCAAGGAAAACAGCUCAACUUAUUGUAUUUAUAUAUUUAUUAUUAUUUAACAAAUAAGCCCUCAGAUUCUUAAAUUACUUUGAUAACAACAUACUUAAAUGCAUCAACAUUAUUUCAUAAAUGGGAACACUGUUAAUGUUUAUUCAACAAGUGUUUGUCUAAUCUACUGCUGAGAACGCUGAUAAUAAGCUACAUGAAUUCCGUGAAGGAAAACACGGCACCGUGUUUAAACGAUGCUAUGAAACUGAUGGCUUACGAGGAAAAUCAGUUUGCAGUACAGAAAGCGUCAGAAUGCUAUCAAGAAGAAAUGAAAAAGAAAAUGAAUAAACGCAUGCCAAAUGAGAAAGGACUUAUAUCAAAAUGAUUGCAUGGAAGUGGCUGUAAAGAAAUUGCGAGAAUUAGUUGUGGUAGAUGACGGGGAUAUAUUUCACAGAAAAGCAGCAGAAUGUUUCAAAAAACAUUUGGAACUAUUCAAGUCAAUGAUGGAAAGAAACUCCCUUGAAAGAAGUAGAAAGUCGAUAGAAAUACUGGAUAUGGAAAUUCAACGGAAAAUCAAAGAGAAAAAGUAUGCACAUGCGCAUGGUUACAACGAAUACAUUAAAGACAUCGACACUCUUGCUGAUGAAUUCACAAAGCAGGAAAGUUACCAUGGAUCAAAGACAAGAGCUGCCUUGCAGGAAUAUAUGGAUUCAAAGGUCGACGAAGAGCAACAAGUUUACGAAAUGGUUAAGGACAAAACUGACGAUGAAGUUCAUCGACAGUUACUUCGCCUUCCACGUACAUAAGUGCAGAUUCCAAAUAUUACUCCAAAGGAAGAGUCAGUCAGAAAGAGGGCGCUAGAGUCCAUUGAAAAGUUUGAGAUUCAUGGGCUUAUGAGAAUUGGGUCGCAAUACAUUCAAAAUCUGGAAUUGAAGUUACAAGAAAUAGAAAGAGCUAAGGCCGAAUUAUCAGAAAACAACACAUACUAUAAGCAACUUGUAGCAGAGUACAAUGUCUGGUUGGACAAGCCAACUUCUCAGAAGAUCAAGCUAAUCCAAGGUCGAUCCAAAUGCUGAAGCCUGUCUUAACGGACAUCCCUGUUGUCGAAAAACCAUCAGAAAAUCCAGACGGUAAGAAGCCGAAACCGAAGAAACAGCCAUCCGGAAAACCAAAGUGCCCAAUACUUUAACAAAGAACACAUAAGGAUAAAUAUUAUGGUGAUGUUACUAUAUUUUAUACAAACAUCGUUUGCGCAUAACGGUCUAGAAAUAGUCACAUUUGACUUUUAGUUUAAGAAAGCACAUUACAGAAAUUUCGAGUUGUAUUCUGUAAUGUUGGGACACAAUAAACUGCGACUACGUAUACCCUUUUUUGUGCGUUUAUUAUUGAUUGUAUUUCAUAUAUUAAGUAUAAUUUUACCAAUGUAAUCGGACAUUUCUCGUUAACUUUUAUGCUCUUUGGCAACUGUGUGUUAUUUAUUCAGGUUUAUUCAUAAUCAAGUAUAAGGAUGUAGCAAAACGGUUUGGUCAGCUCAUUGUAUUUUUAGAUUAGUCGAAUUCCUUGUACGUUAGUUUCUUUUUCUUUUUGUCUAUGAUAUAACUCUUGUAUUUAGACAACUGUAUUAUAGGUUAACCAGAUGGUUCAUUCCCUUUUCUUUCAAAAGGACUUUCUAAGUAUGGAACAUGUCAUUAGUAAAAUAGUUUAAAAACAAAUUGAACUUUAUUUAUUUUGUAAUUGUAUGGCACAUCAGAAGUUAGCCUGCAUUAUCAUAUAACAACUACAAAUUUUGUUACAUGCACUAUAUAACUAUUAAAGCAUAGAAACCGAUAACGGUGUU